AUAUUGUUAAAUCAAAGCUCAGAAAUCGGUUGAAUACAAGUUCAGUUAGUGUUAUUAUUCCCGUGAAAAGUGGACUCAGAAGAGUUGGAAAAUGUUGCCAUUCAUAUGAACUGCCAAAAAAAAUGGUCAAGCAAAUAGGUACAAUAGCAGCACACAGAUCAACAUCAUCACAAGCUUCAGAAGCUGGUCCAAGCUCUUCGUCAGUGCCUGUGUCUAUAGAGGCUGAAGAGGAAGAGGACUGAAUUUUUUUUUUCGCUGAAUUAAGUGAGAUAGAGAGAGAAGAACAUGGGUGUCAGGAUGGAGAAUGUGUUAUGGACAAUAGCUCGACGCAGGUACUCCGCUUUUCCGUGGACGCUCACUACCAUCCUCAGCACACACCCUACCCGCUCCUGGACAACAAACAGCGUGUCUUCCAGUCCGCAUCGCUACGGCCUGUCGUCGCUGAGGUGGGUUGCUGGCUGUUCAACCAAGGCCUCCAUGAUUGAGGAGACAUAUCUGCGACCGUUCUCCGAGAUUCCUGGUCCUAGGUCGUGGCCUCUUCUGGGUUCUCUUCCGUCCAUGGCCACUAAUCCAGCUUUUGAUGCGAAUCGUCUGCCACGGCUCAUGGAAAGGUACUUUGAGGAGUACGGGCCGAUCUUCAGGAUAGUUGUACCAGGCCUCGGCAUCAUAGUCUACAUCUCGAAUCCUCAGGACUUUGAGAGGCUCAUCAAGGAGACGUCGAAAAACCCCGUCAGACCGUUCUUCGAUUCCCUUAGGAGAGUUCGUGAGCUGAACGAAGACAACUUCUUUCAGAAAAAUUGCAUGGGCAUUUUUGUCGAAAAUGGAGAAGAAUGGUGGAGAGUGAGGAGCAGGGUACAGACUCACAUCAUGAAGCCCAGUAUCGUCAACUCUUACCUGCCCAGGAUGGAAGAGGUGGCCAAUGAAUUCAUCGUCAAGUUAGCUGAUCAGAGGGACCACAAGAGAGAACUUCCAGAGGAUUUACUGCAUGAGUUAUUUAAGUGGGCACUGGAAUCCCUGUGUCUGGUGGUCCUCAACAGAAGGGUAGGUUGUCUGGACAACAACGAGGAGGGUCAGCGUAUCAUUGAAGCCUCGGUGGGCAUGCUUAACGGGAUAAGUGACUGUGAGUACGGCUUCCAAUGGUGGAGAUUAUUCAACUCUCCAAACCUCAGGCAGCUGAAACGACAUCACGAUGUCCUUCUUCAUGUUGCCAUGAAGACGAUGAUCCAAACUAAGAAAGACCUGGAAGCUCGUGAGCCAAACGACGACACAAAGUUAAACUUCCUGGAGUCCCUCCUCGCAACUCCUGGACUCUCGUUCCAGGAUGUCGUCAUCUUUCUGGUCGACCUCUUGACGGGUGGAAUCGAUACGUCGUCACUGACCACUGUCUUCAUCUUGUACCACCUGGCGAUCAACCCGGAGAAGCAAUCGCUGUUACAGGAGGAGUUGGACCAGGUACUGGGGGAUGGUAGCUACCCCCUCACACCACAACACCUGGACAAGCUUAGAUACACCAAAGCCUGUAUUAAGGAGAGUCUCAGGAUGUGUCCGUUGACGUCAAUUCUUAACCGGCAAACCCAGCAUGACAUCUGCCUCAACGGGUACUCAGUGCCACAGGGACAACCGUGUUCAUGAGUUUAAGUGAAGCAUC